AUGCGCCGUGCGGAACGGAAGAGUAGAACAAAUGGACAGUAUAUUAAACCAUGUGCUGAAGGUUGUCCUCUACCGCUGCUAGCUUGUGAACAUCGGUGCCCUCCUCCUGCCUGCACCAUGAGUCUUCUGCCACAUCCCUCAUCCUCCCCGGAUUUGCGCGGUCGACACGAUGCCGCUCCCGACCGUCGCCUGCUGGCGGUGCCGGACUGCCUAGAGAGCUCUACGACGACGAUCACGGAGGCGGGUUCGGACGCGGAGCCGCUAGCGUCUCUGUCGAACCGCAAUGGGUCGCCCACCAUCACUAUCUUCACGGGUGGCGACGACAACCCCGCCGACUCGGGCUCGGCCUCGUUCGAGGAGAGCACGAAGUACAAAAUCAUGCCAAAGAGAAGAGACGAGUGGGAACUGCAGAACGCCUCGAACCGCGAGGUUCAAAUCACGGCCACCAAGAAGCGCUCGCACGUCUUCGAAAUCUCGCGCUUUAGCGGAGCCCAAGGUACCCGCACCACCUUUCGCCUCGUGCCUACGGGAAAGAAAUUGAAGGCGUACGACCUUGUCCGUGAGGGCGAAGAAAAUUCCUGCUGCACCAUCACCGUCGAGUCGAAACACGCCUGGUCGUACAGAAUAGCCUGCAAACCUGGUGCAGAUGAUGUUAUUGCCUUGUUCAGCUUUUGGCUCGUCGCCAUGUCCACCAUACUGCCGGAGCCGAGAAGUCCCAGGUCGCUCUUCGGGUUAAGGGGAAGGAGUCAUGAGAAGAACCAUAUGGCCAUGCAGACAGUCGCCUAGACCUGUUUUACUCGUCUUUAAGUCGCGGUCACUGUCACUGUGAAUAGCCCCCCUGAGUUCAGAACAGGCGUCUCACGUCGUGCUCUACUCUUUCUAGUUGCUAAUACCUUCCCCGCGCUUGUGCGUUGCUUUGCUUCUGGUCUGGUUGGACUUCCUACUAUUUACUGUAUUGGAUUCACGAGCUGUGCAUUCACGAGCUGUGCAUUCACGAGCUGUGCUUUGUAAAAAUUACGUAAAGGUCGUCAUGGUAUUGGCGCCAUGACCAAGUGCCGCUCAGGAGACCAAGAGCCAUGGGACUGCAGUCGCUUCAACCGGUCCCACGGCUCUGGUACAGGCCCAGAAAGCAGGUGUUUAUCUCUCCUUUGCUCGCUCCUACUAAUGGAAAAAUACAGGGUUUUCCAAGGCUGAUAACAGUCUUCUUGCCUCAGGAGCCAGGUGGGUGUCACAAUUAUACCAGCUCCACUUCCAUUUUUCCGCCACUGAAAAGACUGGCAAGAGUGUCUUGAGACACUCUUUCAGAGAGCUGCAGGCGAGGAGACCAGUGGCCCACUGUACCUAACCGUCACGUUCGACAUUGACUGUGCAUGUGUGGUCAUUUGUGGAGGCACCUGUGGUCAUUCGGGCAUGUGCAUGCAGUCAUUGGUCAUUGGUGGAUAUGAACACUGCGGAGCCAGAUUAUAAUUUCAAAUUUACACCAAUUCGAGGUCCGCAUGGCUGCAUAUAUCCGUCGAUAUGACAUAGCAUUCGCAAUAAUAGUCAUAAAGCAUUUUGGUGACAAAGCAAUUGGUGACAAGACGAUUGCUGUGGUUCCUGCUCUUGCCAACAGCUUUGUGUAUGCCGCUCU